AGAGACCGGCCGAGGGGUAGGGGAGCUGCAAUUCCUUCAGGCGAAGCGGGUGAGGGCACUGAUUUACUACACUAAAUAGGAAAGGCGUUGCUGCUUCAUUCUCUGUCUCUCAUAUCUCAACUGAUGUAGAUUUAAUCAUUUUAUCUGAUGGAUGUCGCUAGUGCAUAAGAAUGAUAGCUGUCCACCUUGCCAUUAUUAGAAAGUACUGGCUAUCUGAAAUAGAAAACACAGGCUGUGACCAUUUGGAUCAAUUAGUUGAAGGAUGGGGCAGAGAACUGAUCCUUGAGGAAUUGUCAGGCACAAGAAGCCAGGAGCCAAGAUAGAGUUCAGAAACAUUUAUAAGAUGAGUGAAAGAGAUCUUCAAGGAUUUAUUACAACUCAAAGAAAUAGCAAUAUAGACAAUUUGGUUGUUCGUGUGAAAAAUGGGCUUAAAAGUUCAAAGUACAAACCUGUUGAUUAUGAAGAACUCUACGCAGUUACUGAAGCAAAGAAAUUACAGUCUGCUAACAUCCUUUUAAAGAUUAAAAAAUUACAGCAUGCUUCAAAAAUUAACAAGGAACACAUGCUGCUGAAACGUCAUCGGCAAGUAUGGUGGAAAGAGCACAAAAGAUUGCAUGAAAACAGGCAGAAGUUAGAAUCUGAAAUUCAAACAUUCUUUGAUGAAGAAAAUGAAUGUUUUUUUGACUUGUGGGAUUUGCGAUAUAAAUUAACAAAAGGCUUGGAUACAUUUCAAGCAAACACAGUGCAACCUGUCUGGCAGCUAAGGGAAGAUUUAAGGUUCAGACUAUUAGAAAUGCAAACCAACUGCGAAAGUGUGGAAUAUCAGUUUAAUCCAGAUGCUGUAUUAGAAGAGGUAGAGUUUGUGAAGAAACAACAGAAAGCAAUUUUGGGAAAGCUUCAUUUGGAGAGAAUAACUUUGGAAAAGGAGCUUGAAGAAUUUAUAGAUGAAGUCCUGGCAUCUACUUUAGAGGAAAGGACCACAUUUGUACCUGAGCUUCCACCACAGUUAUUGGAGCUGGAGUGCCCAUAUCCUGAUCUGAAGGCUUCUGUGCUUACUGAAUUUUAUAAACUUGCAGAUGACUAUUCUUUGAAGAUCCAAGAAGCUGAUCAAGACUUGAAAACUAUAGCAAGCCGUUUCCAGUGGAGCAAAGAAGAUCUUUGGACGUAUCAGGUUGUCACUGGUCAGUAUCCAAGUGACAUGCAAGGUAGAAGAACGCUCUAUUUGGAUAUGCUUCAGAAACUUCUACCUCACAAAUCUAGACAAAGCCUUAUUGCUCAUGAAAAGUCUUGGGAUCACUAUUACUUUACAAGAAACCAAUUGAGAGUGCUGAUGUUCAACUGGGUCCAAGCUAGGAAAACAUUCUUGGUGAAGGCGGUGAUGACUCUCGCAGAAGCUUGCGCCGCUUAUGAGACUGAAAUGAUGGUGGCUAAUAAUAGAAGAAAACAGCAGGAAAUAUGUGCUAAUCUGAAAGAGAAGGUGCUGUUGUGGCGUGCUCAGCAAGAGGAGGCUGCCCGGCUGGAAGCUGCAAUUGCCGCCCGAAGAAAAGAAGAAGAAGAUGAAAAGGAGAAGUUUCGGAAAGAGAAAGAAUGGCUUCAAAGAGCUGAGGAUAAAGAAAAAGUGAAAAAAUAUUGGGCUGAAAAACAGCGCAAGUGGCAAGAAAGGGAAGCAAAAGACCUCCUGCGUUUGGCAGAAUUUAAGAAAUUAAUGGCUGAGCAGAUCAUUAAAGACAAAGAGAGAGUUCAGUUUAGGCAAAAGCUGUUGGAAAAGCGUUUGAUGGAGAAAAAAGUGGCAAUCCUCAAGGAAAUCCAGGAAGAAGAAGAAAGGAAGAAGCGCCUUGAUGCUCUCAGGAAACAGGUUGCUAUUGUGGCAGAAUUUGAUCCUGCUCGGAUGGUGGCCGAUACAGUGGCCUCUAAAGCACGGAUGGGUAUUGGAAUUGAAGAAGAAUUUAUUCUACAGAAACCUCUGUUUGUGUUGCAUACAUUCAGUGAUGAGCAGAUAAUUUCUGAUACCCGAGUUCGUGUUGAGCUGGCUCUCCGAGAAGCUGGACUUCAUAGCACAGCUUAUGCUCAAGAGCUCUUACCUAAAAUCCCUCCACCUAAACUUCCAAGGAGAGACAUGGUCUCCACAAUUUUUAAAGUAUAGAGCUUUGCAACAUAGCCAAAUCCUUUAUUUUUUUUAAAAAAAAACUUUUCCUAACCAGUAAGAAUGCAUAAAUAAACUAUUAUAAUUAAAAAACUAA